GUGAAUGAAUGGCUGGCUCAUGGCCCAGAGACGUGCCACUCCACUUUUCUGUCUCUCUGUCAGUCAGUCAGUCCCCUAUCUGUCUAGAUGUCUAUAUAUUCCUCACACACUGCCGCCGCGACCGCCUGAUCCACCCGGCAUACCCGGGGCUCCACCAUGUCCACCACCUGCUCCUCCAUAACCACCUGGGGCUCCACCCACUCCGCCUGGCCCCUCGUCUAGCGAUUCCGAGUCAUCCGCUUCAGACACGCUAGAUUCUCCCUCUGAUUCAUCAGGCUGCAUUCCUCCCGCCCCCCUCUCGCCCUCCGUGUCUCCACUCACCUCACUCUCACUCUCACUAUCACUCUCACCCUCAAGUGUCUCAGACUCGCUCUCUCCCUCGCUCUCACUCGGUGCCUCUUCCUCUUGCUGCUCGGACUCUUCUUCCUGCCUGAUAGUUGUCGGUGGCCGAUAGACGCGGAUCUUCUGGGGUCGUGAGGCCUCCUUGGUGGGUGUGUCUUUCGCAGGGACGAGGCGGCACACCCCUCCCUCGCACACGACGCCUGAACACACACACGACACGACACGACACAGCAUCUUUACCCAGAGCAGUGAUGUCGUGCGGACCUGGUGGCAUGCCCGAGUCAGUGUCUUGCUGCUGCUGUGCGGGCCGCGGAGGGGCCACAGCCGGAUGGAUAGCGCUGCUGACGCGCUUGGCGGCGAUAAGCUUGGUGGGGGGGUUUAGGAGAGGAGGCGCCUCCUUUUGUUCUUCGUCCUCUUCCUCUUGUUCGUCCUCUUCCAGAAGGUGGGGUCCGGUUUCUUCCUCUGAGUCACCCUCAAAGGACUCGCUGUCGCUCGGCUCGCUGGCAGUCGUCUCAGCCUCGCUCUCAGCCUCGCUCUCGCUCUCACUCUCGAUUUCGGAUUCCUCUUCUGCACGGAGGGCCAUUGCCGCCCCUGCCGACGUCGGCGGCCACUGGAAUCGGUGGCGGAGGGCCCUCUUUGUGCUGCAUGUGUGCGACCAGAUGCCUUCCGUGCUGUGUCUUGUUUAGCUCGUGCAGGCGUCUUGUGGCCUCGUGCAGCAUCCUCUCGCUGCGUUCGCGGAUCUCUCGGCUCUUCCCUGAGCGAGCGACCGACGAACAAAGACCACAGGGAAGAAAGGAUGGAUGGAUGGAUGGAUGGAUGGCAGAUAGACAGACAGACACACAGACAGACAGACAGAGAGACAGACAGGCAUCUCUCUCUCUCUCUCUGUGUGUCUCUCUCUGUGUGUCUCUCUCUGCCCGCUUGCUUACUGUCUACUUCUUGCAGGUGUCUGAGGUUGCUCUGCGCGUGUUCGACCUGCCUGACGGCGUGCAGCCGCUGCAGCUGGGUCCUAUUGAGGAUAUGCUUCAGCUCAUCCGGGAGCGGGGGCAGCGUCUCGACAGAGGGACACUCGUGCGUCGUGGUCGCCGGCUCCAGCAGCCUUAUCUUCACAUGCCUGUGCCUGACAGGCGCCUGUGUGUGGGGGGGUAGCGGCAUCGUGGUGGUCGUUGGUGGCUUUGGUCCGAGCCCGAAGUGGUGGCCGGAGGGGAAGGGGUCUGGCGGGACUGUGUGGUGUUCCGUGAAGGGGCACGGCUUCUUGCCCAUGUUGGCCGGGAGGAUAAACUGGUCGCACCUGAACCCCUGCCAGCCGGGGCGGCACCUACAGCCACCGGUGUCCUGCAGAGACAGAGGGAACGAACGGAACACUCAUUUGUUGGCCGAUGGGAUCGUGGUGUGUGCCUGUCACUCACACACCGGGUCGCACCCGUAGUCCGUGCAGCCAUCUGAGCACUCGACACAGACGCCGAGAGUCUCGCGGAGGUUGCCGUGGGUCCCCGGUGGGCAGCAGUAAUGGCCGUAGAAUGGGGGGUCAGUGCCGCCUGCAUAUUGAUCAUCAACACCACAGACGCACCACAACCAUAUGCACAUCUCUCCCUCCCCCCAAGCCGACCGUCCAGGACUCACAUUCAUCGCAGUAUCGCAGCUUCCCGCGGGUGUCCUUGAGAUGCUCCAGCCCCGCCACGCCAGCAAUAUCGAUGACCUCCAUGGUCUCAACACACGUCUUGCACCGCGGCGCCUGACAAAACUCAGGCACCCCAACACCUCCACCCUCACCCUCCAGCAGUCGACGAUGCUCGCCUCCACUGGCGAAUCUCAGCAGAGCCUCGAGACUGCGCUCCCCCAUCUCCCGCCCCACCACUGGCAGGCUGACAGCCAGUCGGUCUUCCCCCGAGACACCCUCAAAGCCGCCCGAAGAGUCAUCCUCCUCGUACUUUGCCACCGGCUGCGCGAUGACAUACUCAGUGCCAUUGCGCCGGUCAUCAGAAGCAGCGAUGAACGCUGCAGGGGGGAGGGGGCUGGGCAGCGAGGCUGACGGAGAGGGAGGGGGGACGGGCGCCUGGUGGAUGCGCCUGCGCCGUUGAUGAAGUUGAUGGUGCUUGUGGGCUCGGCUGACAUUGAAGCGCGCCCCAUGGGCGCCGUCAUGUAGUAGCGUCGAUACAAGACACAGGGCGGCCACCAAGAGAAAGCCGGAAGGAUGAAUGGAAAUCACCAU